UUUAGCGUCAUGUUCUCACCCCAAGUAUUGGGUAGACCAAAAAAUAUUAUAGUGCGUUUCCUGGCUUUGGCCUGGGCUUAGAGUCGUGACUACCUGCCCGAUGACCUGGUCACGUAUCUGCAAAUGCAAAAAGGUCUUCCUUAGUUCCUUACACUAAAAAUAUAAGACGUCACGCGCCGUUAAUUGCAACUUUCUUGCUCAGGAUUGCGAAUACGAGACCGGUGCUACAAAAUCAAAUUCCAGUCUCCUACGUGGUUCUCACCUCAUUGUCACUUGUCACCGAGCCUAAAGUGCAUUGCCGCAAGUAUGUCCGCUGUCGAAACGGUUACUGAAAUCUCGCAGACCUCGGCACUUAACCUCCGCGGAGGGGACCAAGAGCAGAAGACAGAACCAUACUCCUAUGCUAAUUUACUUCCCCAUUUCUCACCUGAGCAAUACCCACCGCUCACACCCUUCAAACAUGAAGAUCCAGGCUUCCGCGCACUCAAGCACACAGAUCCCCGUGCAUUCCUUAAGAAUGCGACCAACGUGGUGGAACUGACGCCUAAUCUGGGUACAGAGGUCUAUGGUGGAAGGGACCAACUUGCGCUCGAAGUUGCAAGAAGGGGACUUAUGGUUUUCAGGGGCCAGCACGAGUUUAUAGAUAGAGGGCCUGAUUCGUACCUAGAGUGGGGACGACACUUUGGAAGGCUGCACAUUCAUCCUACGUCCGGACAUCCCAAGGAUUAUCCGCAAAUUCACCUUGUCUACAAGGAUGCAAAGUCGUCCUACAACUUUGAAAGGGAGGACAGCAUCACGUCGACUGUCUGGCAUUCCGAUGUCUCGUACGAGCUGCAGCCCCCCGGGCUCACAACGUUCUUCCUCCUAUCGCAGCCGACGACAGGUGGAGACACAUUGUUCACGUCCCAGAUAUCGACUCUUAAGAAGCUCUCGCCGUCGUUUGUGGCCUUCCUGCGCACGCUCAGCGCAGUGCACUCAGGUGUCGAGCAGGCUCAAUUCUCGCGCUCCGGUAAGCGUGGCGGCAUCGUCAGACGUGAGCCAGUGGAGCAUGUACACCCACUCGUGCGGCGUCACCCGGUCACUGGAGAGGAAGCAUUGUAUGUUAACCGCCAGUUCACGACGCGUAUUGUUGGCCUGAAGCGUGAGGAAUCUGAGACUAUCUUGAAGUUCCUUUACGACCAUGUCGAUAAGAGCGCAGACCUCCAAGCCCGAGUGAAAUGGCAGCCUGGGACCGUCGUGCUCUGGGACAACCGUGUUACUGCGCAUUCUGCUAUCGUUGACUAUGGAAAGUCGAAUGAACGCCGUCACGGUGCACGUAUCACCCCGCAGGCAGAGAGACCGAUUCCUGCUCUGGAAGGCCUUGAAAUACCGAGUCUUUAAUGGAUCGUGACAUGACAUUGAAUGAGAACUAGCGGGCUUGAGUGCAACCUGUGUUAAUUGUAUGCAUGAGAUCUAUAUUGCAAUAUGAAACCAUAGUAUGGUGCGACUUCAUGGUAGUAACUUGAAACCUUUCAGUGGCAGUAGCCGAGGAUGACGUUUAGAC